GGAAGGAGACCCUUCAAGUAGCAUAUAUCCUACAUUCUCUAGCGCAGGGUCCCCACUAAGCUUCUGAGGCAUUUUUAAGCCCACCGUUCCAAAAUAAAGGAAGGCUAGGUAAUAGGGUCCAAAUAUGACCCUACAAGCCAGUCCCAGUGACAGUGCUGUGUACUCCCAGUUAAAACCUGUAAAUAUGACUGUGGAGGGUGUGGAGGACAGUGCUGUGUUUGAGGAUAUCAAACCUGCUAUAAGGAUGCUGGAAACACAAGCAGAGCUCAGUGAGGCAACAAGAGCCGAAAUGGACAAAUAUCUUUUGAGUCAAGUUCCACCUCUGCAGAUUCUUUCAGAUAAGAAGUACAGACGAGAAAGUGCUUCUGUUGUUGAUGAAUUCUUUGAAUCAGAGAAACCUCUACAGGCCCCAUAUAGUGUGAACAUCAAUGUAAUUUUGCCAGACACUGCUCAUCUUCGUACCGGUCUCUAUCGACCCAGCAAGAGUUUCAAUGUUCUCCCACAAGUGAAGACAGAACCAGGUUGUGUAUUCCUGCCGCCAUGCUCUGCCUCUUUAACCCAGACUUUGCCUGACUUCACAAGUGUUUUCAGCAUGCCUCACUCAGUGGCUGUAAACAACAUUUUUAUUAAGCAGGAGGAGCCUCAAGAGAUUCCUCUUUCAACUUCCAGUUCCAUUACAACUCAUCCCUAUCACAUGUCUCUGCCCAACGAUGCUUUAACUGUAGCCCAGUCCAAUGGAGCCACCUCUGUAGUCAACUCAAUCAGUGGGGUCACAAUGACAACGGUCAAUGGUGGUUCCUCUGCUUUACCUAACUCCGUAAGGAUUAAUCAGGUCAAGCAGUUCCAGGGAUUAACUCAGGACGGUGUUCAAGUAACUGGACAAGUAUAUCAUUCUCCAGGUGUCAGCCUCCCGCCAUCCCCUCCAAAUUCUCAGCCAGCAAGUCCUGAAAAUCAGCCAGAGAUGAUUAACACAAUAUCACCUCCUCCACCGUACGACACAACAUUUGGACUGAAACUAGUACAACCUUCACAACUCCACACUUUGUCCAGCCAAAUGCUGCCUGUAUUACCACAGGGACAAGUGGUCAUGACAGUGCAAAAAUACAAUAGACGGAAUAAUCCAGAGUUAGAGAAAAGAAGGAUUCAUCACUGUGAUUACCCAGGCUGCAUAAAAGUCUACACUAAAAGUUCACAUCUCAAGGCACAUCAAAGGACACACACAGGCGAGAAGCCAUAUAAAUGUGCCUGGGAGGGCUGUGAUUGGCGCUUUGCCCGUUCCGAUGAGCUGACAAGGCACUACCGCAAACACACAGGUGCCAAGCCCUUUAAGUGUGGUGCCUGUGGGCGCUGCUUCUCUCGCUCUGACCACCUAGCACUGCACAUGAAGAGACACCAAAACUAGGCUUGAAGCCAUGGAUAUUGCCAACAAGGCAGCUUACUGUGCACAUGCUCAAAGACUAUUCAAGAACCUUUUCCUGUCAAAGGACAAUGGUGGCUAAAAGUCAGUGAGGACAUAGAAGAUGUGUGGGUUCUUCAAAAAAGAUUAACAUUUCAUUAUAGAUCAAAGAAAGAUAAAGGAAACAAGUCCAUAACAUUUAAAUUGUAAAUAAAUGAUUCUCAAAUGUUCCAUUUUGAAGACUUAGACGAUGCCUUUCUUUUAUAAUAGUUACAAUUGUCUUCCAUCCAUAAACGACUCUUCUUCUGCGUUUGGAACAUUAGAAGAUUUAUUUCAAAUUAUUUGAUCGUUUUUAUUUGUAUUUUUACAACAAAUGAGAACUGUUUAAAUUUUUUAUUGGGCUUUUUUUCCCCAAAGAACAUCAAGCUUUUCUCCAGUGAUGUGGAUGAAGGGAAAAAUUACCGGACGAGUGGAAAUGUUUCACUAAAAGUAUAAUGUUGUAAAUAAGGAGUUCCUGGUUGUCUUCCUUCCAAAGGUCUUGCUGGGAAUCUAACACACUGUCUUAACAUAUAUUGUAAAUAAAGAGAAUUUGCUUUCCAAUGGGAAAAA